UCUCAGACAUGUCACUCUGGAGAUCGGUGAAGCUAGCAUGAAGAUAUUCGUGCUGUUGGCGCUCUUCGGCGCCGCUCUGGCCGCCAGCGAUUUCGACAGGCAGUGCGCACCUUCGGCUGACCCUGGACCUUGCAAGGGCUUCUUCCCCAAGUGGUGGUACAAUGUGGUCUCGGGCAAGUGCGAGGAGUUCGUCUAUGGCGGUUGCCAAGGAAACGACAACAGAUACGACACCCAAGAAGAGUGCGAGAGGACAUGCGCCGCUGAACCAAUGUCCUUGAACCUCAACGCAACGAUUCCAGUGCACAACUUCGCCUGUCUUAUGGAACGUGACCGAGGGCCGUGCCGUGCAUCCAUAACUCGCUACUACUUCGACACCAGGACCGGUACGUGCGAGGAGUUCACCUACGGAGGCUGCGAGGGCAACCUCAACAACUUCGAGACGGUCGAAGAAUGCAAGGCCAGUUGCGCUCCUCAGACAGUGUACGAGGCCAAGUGUCUCGCGAGGCCCGAGACCGGACCGUGCAGAGGUCACAUGAUCCUUUGGGCCUACGACGUCAACACGGACCGUUGUAAGACGUUCACUUAUGGUGGCUGCGACGGCACCGACAACAAGUACCCCACUGAGCAAGCGUGCGUAGCGAGCUGCAUACGCCCACGGACAGAGCUGGUCGAAGAAUACAUCAUGGCAUCCCGGCAGCUGGCAGAGUCCUACAAUACGACUGAAGUUGAGGGCAUCUUCUCUAUCCCGGAACUGCAGUCGGAGGCUGAGCGUUCGAACCCCGUGUGCCACCUGCCCAUGAAACGCGGGCCAUGCCAUGCCUACCUACCUCGCUACUACUACUACAAACCCAGCAAAACGUGCGACCUGUUCUACUACGGUGGAUGCCGAGGCAACGCCAACAACUUCGCCGAUCUGGAAGAGUGCCUUCGGGUUUGCAAGCCCUUGCGCCCCGGCCCUGGCGUUGAAAUGAACUACGUGUCAGAGCCGAAGCCCACGAACCCCGUGUGCUACGAGCCUAAGAAGGUCGGACCCUGCAAGGCCUACGUUCCUCGCUACUUCUACAACACGACGACCAAGUACUGCGAGCGCUUCAUCUACGGCGGCUGCAAGGGAAACCGCAACAACUUCCCCGAAAUAGAGGAGUGCCUGCAGACGUGCAAGGUCGGAUACCAGAAUGUCACGGAGAGGUUCUUGGAGUUGUCAACUCCGCUCAAGAACGACACGUGCUACCUGCCGAUGAAAGCAGGCCCUUGCUUCGGCUACUUCCCCCGCUACUACUACAACGCCACGACAAACUCCUGCAAACAGUUCAUCUAUGGAGGAUGCCAGGGCAACGCCAACAACUUCCCGACGCUCCAUAAAUGCCAGAGUGUAUGCACCAACAGUUCUUAUCUACAGGAGCUCACGAGGUCCAGGCUCAUCACUAAACUUGUGACCCUGGACCCGGUAUGUGAGCUACCGAAGAAGAUUGGUCCGUGCCGUGCCUUAGUCCCCCGCUACUACUACAAUACGACGACAGACACCUGCGAAGUGUUCAUCUACGGAGGAUGCAAGGGCAACGCCAACAAUUUUGAAACACUUACGCAGUGCGAGACCAGGUGUGGCGGUAAUCUCACCCUCGAAGACGACUCAUGGAAGAAGCACAUCACGAAGCCGGUUGCCGCGGCGGAAUACAUCCGCUCCAACCCUGUCCUGCCCAGGAGCCUUGUGCGACUAAACCCGGUGUGCAACGAGCCCAAGCAACCCGGUCCCUGCGCCGGCUAUUUUCCUCGGUUUUACUUCGACAACGUGACCAAGACUUGCGAACCGUUUAUCUACGGAGGAUGCCAGGCCAACGGUAAUAACUUCUACACCCUCGAGGAAUGCAACAACACGUGCUGGGCAUCCCUGCACCACCACCCCCUUGUGAUCACCAGCGCCGUUGAAGUUCCAUUCUGGCCCCUGUCGCCUCCGGAAGAAUGCACCUACCCGGUCGAGGCCGGACCCUGCGAAGCCUACAUGCCACGCUUUUUCUACAACACCCUCACCAAGACGUGCGAGCAGUUCAUCUACGGAGGAUGCGGAGGCAACGCCAACAACUUCCGCACCUACGGCGCGUGCCAGAACAAAUGCACGAAGUUCUUGGGCGUCAUCCCUCGCGCCUAAGGGCAAGAGAUACCUCUCUAACCGUCGCAUCCGCUGGCACACAGAAUCCUCCAGAGGUACAGAGAUGACUGGAAGCGCUCAACAUGAAAGAGAAAAAAAUAAAGAACACCACUCUAGCAUUGCCGUCAGCAAUACGACGUCAACACGGAAGCCCGAAAAUUAUUCCCGCUGCUGGGAGAUUAUUUUCUGCAAAUGUUGUUUUGCUUACAAAGCAAAUAUGUUGCGUUUAAGAACAAUGAAAUUAAAACAUGCUGAUCCAACAUAAGUACUCUUUGUAUACCUGUCAGCUGGAGGACUUGACAAUUUAGAACGGGUCCGACUCAGUUUAUUGCUUAAUAAAGCCGUAUUUCUGUAAGCCUA